GCUUACUAGCUAGUAGUGAUUGUUGUUCAGUUGUUUUAGGAGAAGGAAGAGUUAAUUAAUGGCACUUCCAGAGGAACAGGAGAAGUUAAAAGAGGAGUUGUUAAAUCAUGCCAUGAAAGGCAAAUGGGGAGUGUUUGUUGCUAUGUAUAAGCAAAAUCCAUGGGUUCGAACUGCAAAGCUCACUAGAUCAGGAGAGACAGCAUUGCAUAUAGCUGUCUUCCAAAGCACAGAGAGUACAGUUGAAUCGCUAGUUACAUGUGUUGAUGAAGAAAACAAAGCACAGGCUGAAGAGAGCUCGGCAGCUCUAGCAAUCAGCCCUCUGAUUAUAACAGAUGAUCGAGGGAAUACCCCACUCCAUCUAGCAGCAUUACUUGGGAAAGUUGGCAUGUGCAUGUCAAUUGCUGGAAACAAUGACAAACUGGUAGGCUUUCGCAACGCUGCAGGGGAAACGCCUCUCUUCUUGGCUGCUCUCCGUGGUCAAAAAGAGGCUUUCCUUUACCUCCAUAGUAUAUGCAACCGUGCAGGCACAUCCAAUUUCAACGCUAGACGGGCUGAUGGCGAAACCAUUCUUCAUGUUGCCAUCUCUGGAGAGUACUUUGAUUUGGCAUAUCAUAUCAUUUGUAAGUAUGACCAUCUUAUCGGUUGUGUCAACGAGAAUGGCUACACUCCGCUCCAUAUCCUGGCCGGAAAACCAGCUGUAUUCGCAACUAGUCUUCACCUGGGCCCAUUAAGCAGAUUUAUUUAUAACUGCUUACAUGUGGAGAAACUCACGAAUGAACGGGUCCCUGUCGAUUACAAAGGAAAAAUGAAGCCUGAUGAGAAAUAUCCAGAGAACUACAAGACAUGUAUCAAUUUUUUUCAACCAUUGCCGAAAAUGCUGCACAACAUGAUCAAAAGACCAGUAACUCGUAGAGAGAAUUCGCCAAUGUCUCAAAAGCAUAUGCAGGCAAAUGAUGCUAAUUAUUGUGAAGAUCCUGAAGAAAGAUAUGAUGAUACUCGUGAGAAUCAAGGGAAACGAUCAAGCAAUAUUGAAGCUCAAGAAAGACCUCAACUUUUCCCCCCCAAUUAUCACACAAGUAUCAUGAUCAUACUUACCAUCCUUGGAUUAAUAGUGCGUUUAAUUGUGUGGGUGUUCGGAUUAAGAGAUAAGAGAAAGAAGAUGCUAGCAAAGAAAGAAAAGAACAUAUGGUCUGUUCAGAUCAUGGACCUCAUGCUUCGUAAAUCUUCUCACCAUAACUAUAAUAUAAGUUCUAAGGGAGGUGAUCCAGGGUCAAGCCAUGAUUUUCCCGAAUAUCUGCGCGAGGAAAUCGAUGAAGAAGGAAAAUCAAUGUUCUCGAGAACCUCUCUCAAAGGAAGGGAGACACCAUCUGUCAAAGGAAGGGAGACACCAAUAAUACUUGCAGCGAAGAAUGGUAUAACUGAAAUGGUUGAGCAAAUCCUAGAGAUUUUCCCCUCGGAUAUUCUGGACACCGACUCAGUUGGCAAGAAUAUAGUGCUUCUGGCAGUCGAAUAUAGGCAAACCAAACUGUACUAGCAAUUAGUCAGGGAUGUCCGUGCCUACGAAAGUGCAUUUCGUGCAGUUGAUUAUAAUGGGAACAGUCCAUUGCAUGUUGCUGCAACGUUAGGUGAUUAUCGGCCUUACCCUUUUGCUGCACUGCAAAUGCAAAGGGAAAUCAAGUGGUUCAAGUACGUAAAGCAUUCUGUACGACGAGAUUUCUUUACGCGUCUCAACAACAACAAGAUGACACCCAAGGAGGUCUUCAGGGAGUCACACGAAGAGUUGGUAAAACAAGGCGGCAAAUGGCUAGCCGGCACCUCUAAGUCAUGCUCGGUAGUGGCAACAUUGAUCACAACCGUGGCCUUUGCCACAACAGCCACCGUGCCAGGCGGCAUGAAGGAAGGCAGCAGCAGACCAAUCCUCGAGCGGCAUCCAGCCUUCUUUGUCUUUGCAAUUUCAUCUCUGAUUGCUCUCUCAUUUUCAGUCACCUCCGUCAUCGCAUUUCUGUCCAUACUUACGUCUAGAUACGACCUAAAGGAUUUUCAAAGAGACUUGCCAACAAAGCUCUUGUUGGCUUUGACAUCUCUUUUUAUAUCCUUAGCAGCCAUGAUGGUUUGCUUCUGUGCAGGCCACUUCGUUCUGGUUAAGGAUGAAUUCGAACAUACUGCAUAUCUGGUGCUGUAUGCAAUAGCAUGUCUGCCGGUAGCAUAUUUUGCUAUGGUGCAGUUUCCCUUCUACCUUGAUCUUAUACUCCAGACCUUUAAGAAGGCGCCUUUUUAGAUAAGAGCUGGCCAUGUUUCCUUUUCUUUGUUUCUGUCCUUCUGGUUGGUUUGUGUUUUUGAUUAUUUUCUUGCGUAUUUAAGCAAAUAAAAUUGAAAAUAACCAUUCCUCCUUGUA